AUGACGAACAAGACGACAGACCAGGCCUUCAAGAAGACCCACCAGGUGGUCGGAGCCGGCGGCGGCCAGCUCGUCGACGAUCUCAACGGCAAGAUCAUGAAGGAGGCUCCCGGUCACGAUGGCAACGUAGCCCUGGAGCAGUCGGGCCAGCAGCGAACGCACAACGAGCAGAUCGAACGCGACCUCGCCAACAAAGGCUACUCGACCCGCCAAACGGACGAGGAGGCGGAGGCGGACGCUGAGCUCAAGAAGAAGCUCGACAAGCGCGGCAACGAAGCUCAGUAG